CGUCGCGAUCGAACGUGUGCACGGCCUUUCGGUACUGUCGUCGUUGGCGUGAAAACACAGAACAGAACCAACAACAUAGUCUGUUGUUGAAGUGGAGCCUCUUUGUGUGUUAAAGUUUUAUAAAAAGAGAAUGAGCGUGAGUGAGAGCGAAUGUUGAAGAAGAAGUACACUACAAUGUGGGACGCUCGCGUCGUGUGACGUUUGGACGGACGGGUUGGCUGCUGGAGUCGGUGCCGGAGUUUUGUGUGUUUUGGAGCCUCUCUCUCCGUGUGGCGUAUCGGGUCGGUGCUGAUGCAGUGUGUGUCACAUGCAAAACGUCGAAAGAAUCUUCCACGGUGAGGAAGCAAAGAAUACUACUGCUACGGCUGGCCUACCAUCUUGAGGUAUCGCUCGGUUUUUUUUUUCUUCUGCGCUGGGUGUUUGACUACUGGGAUUGCAUUUCGCGUGUGUGUUCCGAGGGCUAGGCGUGUUUUUUUCCGAGUGCAUUCUGUUCCGCGGUUCGUCUCGGUUCGCGACAUGAUUUACUAGCAGCAGCACCAAGAGAAUUCAAUUACUGCUGCUGGGUCGGUGGCAGUUCAAGUGAAGUUCAAGUGUGCAAUCCUUGAUAUUUUUGGGGGGUGGCUCUACUACUGUCAGUGAGGGAGUUGGCGUUGUGUAGUAAACCCGUCUCAGCAGAGUGCAGUGCUUCAGGAAAACAUGGCUGUUUUGCGCGAGAAGUUGCGGAAGCAGUGCGGCUGAUGAAAAUUGGUGAAUUGUGCGUAUCGGCCGAGGCCUGCAUAAUAAUAGCAAAGUGAAGUGAAGAGAAGUGGGUAGGCAGAGUUGAAUCGCCUGGAAGCUGUGCUGCACAGUGACCAGCGCCUACUUGGGGAGUGUGUGCAAUUUUUUUCCUCCUGCUUUUGCUUUUAUCGAAGACGGCCGCGACAGAUUGGCGUCAAAGCAAUGGCCUGCUCUGGUUGAACCUACUCUGGUAAAGUGCAGUAAAAUUCUGGCUGUUUCGCGAUUGUACAAGUUCAAACCAAUCCCCCCAGGCAAUGUGCCGUGCGUCGUCCACGGGGUGUGUGUAUUGAUUAAAGUGCCGCUGAUCCUGCUGCUGCUGGUGGCACGUACAGCACUCGUGCCAAAGUAUUGUGUAAAAUAAGGAGGGUGAAGCGAGCGCAAGAGCAAACAGGGAGCGCGCCCUGUUUGUUGGUUCUUAACCCCGUAAAAGCGGGUUUCAUUCAAGGUGUUACAGGGAAAAACCGAAAUCCUUCAAUCCAUCGGGGAAAAAGGGGUCGGGUCUCGUGCAAAGUGACUUCUGAAAAGUCUAGAGUGGUUGAAGUGCUACCCUUUUCGGAAGAAUCUCAACAGGAGUAGUAGAAAAAAAUCAAUGCGGAAAAUUGUAUCUUGUCCGGUUGCUUCUGUGCGGUGAAGACAUCCGGAAGGAAGAGCGUGUGUUCUACCUUCGUAUGUGAAAAUCCGUCCUUUGCCGAAUGCUAAAUUCAUGCUUCUUUGAUUGGCAGCAGCAGUCUGCCCGACCCUGACAGUGUGCGCGUGACGACCAAAUCAAAGCUACACCGGAAGCGAUUGCCAGCAGAAACAGGAAAUUCCAGCUAAUCGAGCAUCAUGGAUCCGCCAGCGCCAUCGUUCCUGGUCGAGCUCCUGCACUCGGUGCCGCAUAUCAACAUCACCCUGCACCGGGUAAACGACACCUUCAACCCGAGCAGUCCCGUUUAUGUCGAGAGCUUGGGCAUCUUGGCCUCGAUUCCGGCCGCGCUGCUGAUCAUCUCCCUGGUAUUCCUGCUGCUCUACCUGCUGACGCGAUGCUGCGACCGGAAGCCCCGGAAGCCGAAAUCUCACGGCUGCCAGAAGUGUACGCUCAUCUUCUUCGCCGUCGUUUGCUGUGCGGCCAUUGGCCUGGGCCUUUACGGGAAUGACGACCUGCACAACGGGAUGCUGCAGAUCUUCGGCUCCGGCCGGAAAAUCGAACAGCUUAUAUUGAACGUGAGGAACCAGACUGAAAUGGUGAAGCAUAACCUCAAAUCGAAGGUGGUCCUAUCGGAGCUGGAAUCGAAAUUCGAACAGCCGCCGCAGCACUACAACCAGACGGCCCAGUACCUGCUGCAGGACACGGUCAAGAUGGUCAAGGAUAAUACGACGCUGGCCAUCAAUGCCCUGGAAACGGUUGUCUAUCUGACGAGGCCCUCCUACUCGGACAUAACCCUUAAAAGCCUGCUGGAUUCCUUCGAGUUCUACGAGGAGCUGCGAUGGCCGGCGACGCUCGGCUUCCUGACCUUCCUGCUGGUGUUGUGCAUCAUCCUGGUCAUCGGGGCCACCCGGAGCUCCCGCUGUGCGCUGAUCUUCUUCAGCGUCUGCGGCCUCCUAGCCGUGACCGUAUGCUGGCUCCUGUCCGGCAUCUAUCUGGCCAGUGCCGUCGCCCUCGGGGACUUCUGCAUGAAACCGAACGACUACAUCUGCAGCCAGCAAAAGCUCAAAGACGUCCAGUACACGUACUGCAGCUCGGUCGGCACCAACCGGUACGUACUGCGGUUGAACGAAUCCAAGGACUACGUCGACCGGGCCAAGGAAUCGCUCGAAACGGUGACCCGCAUCGCGAUGGAUCUCUAUCCCCGGUUCGAGCUCAGUUCCAAGAUCAAUCGGCUCAACGGGGAACUGGACGACAGCAAGCGGCAGCUGAUUGCCCUGUCGGCGAUGGCCGAUCGACGCACCGUCAUGGAGCACUAUGCCGACGCUACCCGGGGACUUUGCGAGGCGGGUUUGCUGGGGCUGACGCUGAUGCUGCUGGCCAGCUUAGUAUCGGCCGCCAUUCUGAGCCUGCUGGUCUGCGUCGAUUCGCACACCUGGAUUUAUCUCACCAAGAAACGCCCGUACGAGGACAAAUCGGAAACGACGCCGCUUUUCCCGGCCAGUACGGCUACGGCCUCACCAUCGGCACCGAUCAGUUCCGGCACAAUGACGGUCAACCGGACAUUGCUCCAUGCGCAGAUCACCACCGGAAAUGGGACGACCGCCGGUGGCGCUAGUGGAGCCGGUCUGAUUGCCAGCAGCGGCCGCAACGGCACCGCUCACGGAUUGCGCGGGUUGGCAUCGUACAGUGGCGAUGAAUCGCCCCCACCCGAUUAUAAUGUUGUGGUGCAUGACAACAGAGCCUCCGGCCAUCAUACCCUCGGACGAUUACCUUCGCAGCAUUCGUACGUAGCAGGGCCCAACAAUGGGAAAUACGCCACGCUUAGUAAACAGUGUAAAACGCUCGAAUCGAACGAUUUCUACUGA